UUACGUAUAAAAAAGGAUCGACUCAUUUGGAAUAUCGAGACUUCCAUCGAUAUCUUCAACGGAUCAACAUGGCUUUUAAGUUCGUCAUUUUCGCUGCCGUUUUAGCCUAUGCUAAUGCUGGCAAUUUGAUCGAUGCACCAAUUGGCGCCUCUCUGGCUUAUGCUGCUCCAGCUGCUAUUGCUGCCCCAGUAGUAGCUAAAGUAGCUGCACCAGUAGCUGUUGCAAGGGCUGAACCCUAUGACCCAAACCCACAAUACCAAUUCGGUUACGAUGUCCAAGACGCUUUGACUGGUGACUCCAAGAGCCAAGUUGAAUCUCGCAGCGGAGAUGUUGUCCAAGGUCAAUACUCCUUGAACGACGCUGAUGGUACCAGACGUAUUGUUGACUACACUGCCGACCCAAUCAACGGUUUCAACGCUGUCGUCCGCAAAGAACCUCUGCUAGCUAAAACCGUAGUUGCUGCUCCAGCUGUUGCUGCUGUGCGUACCGCCCCAGUUGUAGCUGCUGCUCCCUUGAUCCGUUCAGCUCCUUUGAUCGCUCAGCAAGCCCUCUCUGCUCCCUUGAUCCGCUCUGCUCCUCUUUUGGCUCAACCAGCUUACGCUAGUUCAUUGAUCCGUUCUGCGCCACUUCUUUCCCAAACAGCCUAUGCUGCCCCCCAUCUAGGAGCACCUCUUCUGAGAUCAGCACCUAUCUUAUCUGCUGCACCCGCCUUAGGAUACUCCGCAGCUUAUGGUAAAAUUGCUGCUCCUCUUGGAUAUUCCACUCUCCUUCAUUGAGGAAGUUUAUGCAAAUAUAAAAGUUUAUUUAUGUAUUAAAGUUUAUGUAUGUA